AUGGGGAUGUACAGUUCAGAAGUUAGGAAAGUAAGCAUUGAAAUAUUUGAAGUCAUCAUGGAGAGCUUAAACUCGGGUGCAACAUACUUGAGAGAGAAUUUCAACCAAGGCUUCCACAUUCUGGGCAUAAACAGCUAUCCACCAUGUUCCAAAUCAGACAUCAAGAUGGGCACACCACCACACUCUGAUCAUAGCAUCAUCACCGUACUCCUACAAAGUUGCCCGGGGCUCGAGGUCGUGGACAGAACCGAUGGCGAAUGGAAGAUUGUCCCUGAUGUUAAAGGAUCACUUGCAGGAACCAUGGAUGAGGUGGUUGAGCCUGCUGUGAAGCUGUUAGACGAAGAGCACCCAAAAGCUUACAAGGAGAGCAGUUUAAGCGAGUUUCUCAAGCAUCUCUCCAUUAGACAAACAAGAACCUUCAUCGAAACACUUCGAAUCUAA